CGAUUCUUGAUAUAGAAUACAAAAAAUCAAAAUGGACGAAAUUAUUCCGGACAUGGAUUGGAAUGAAGACACUACUUAUGCAAUUGGUGGUUAUAGACGAUUUUGUAGUUAUUUUGGCAUUUGGCCAUCAAAGGAUAGAUUUUCCUCGGGAUUAAAAGUAACAUUUUACAUGGUUUUGCAGACACUAACGGUAGGAAUUUUCCUACAAAGACUUGUUGUUUAUGGCAAUUGUGGAACCACUCAGGAAAUUGUUGAUACGUUUACCGUUAGCAUGUCAUCGACACAAAUCGGUCUGAAGUGCAUAUUCAUCUAUAUGCAACAUGACAGAUUCAAAAAUAUUCUAGAUGCUACAGUCGAAGAUUGGGCUCUGACCACUGACAAAGAGUCUAAAUCUAUUAUGCUAAAAUUUGCUCGAAUAGGAAGAAACAUAUUCUACUGUCAAUGUUUUUUGGGACUAUUUACUGCUGUCCCUUUGAUUUUGGGUGAAAUUCCACAUCAAAGGGAACUUGUUAGUGAGUUGGACAAUAGUACCACAUUGAUAAGGAACAUUAUUUUAGCCCCAAAUUGCUGGGUGUUACAAUCAUCUUCAACAUCAACAUAUUACCUAUUUUGGAGUCUACUAGCUUUGUAUGUAUUCUGUGUGGCUAUGGCAACAGUUGCGUGUAAUUUGAUUGUUUACGGAUUCGGUUUGCAUGUUUAUGUGCAAUUUGAGCUAUUGUAUCGGAGUGUGCAAGAACUCGAUGUUGAUAAGACAUUCAAGGAACAGAGGAGAAUUGUAAAGAAAUUCAUAAAACGUCACAAUCGGAUGUUGGAUAUGGCAAACGAACUUGAAGACGCUUCGACUGCAGUAAUAUUCUCUGAAGUUUCAGCUAUUGUGAUUGUUGGAUGCAUUGCUGGAACUCUUUUUCUCUUGGCAAUGCAAAGCGGUGACCGAGCUGUUCUAACUGCAAUGGCUGGACGUAUUUUUCUUGUUUUCAUUCAACUAUUCAUUUUCUGUUAUAUGGGUGAAAAACUAUCGAUCCAAGCUGAUAAAAUACAAAAUGCUAUCUAUAAUAAUUGUCCAUGGUACGAAUUUCCACCACAGAUCGGGAGGGACCUUAAAUUAAUAAUGAUUCGAAGCAAUUAUCCGUUUUUUUUAACUGCGGGCAAAUUUUACAUUAUGAAUUUGUUGAAUUUCAAAGAAGUUGUUAAAUCGAUGUUUUCAUUUUUCUCGGUUCUAAGACUAAUGUUGCAAAAUUAGUUAAAAAUUAUUCUUAUCGAGUGAAACUAAAGAUUGAUAUACUUUCAUCAGAAAAUUAAUAACAGAGUGAUAGAAUCGUUAGAUAGGCUCUAAAACAAAACUGAACACAAAUAGUACGCGAAACAUAGAAGAAACACAUGCCUCACCUGUGAUUUGAUAAAAAGCCAUAUUUUAUCAAAAGAUUUGUAUACCUAUUACAGAAUCCAAUGGAUGAAUUGCUUAUGGAUUUGGAGUAUUUUUUUAAAAAAUUUUAUUAUGGUAGGAAUGACAAAAUUGACAUGUGAUUCCAGCUGCUAACUACUGGCCGUAUUCUGUAAUCGAGGUGAUUGUUAUAAAAGGAUGAUAAUUUACGCGGGUUUAAUUUGCUGAAAUCUGGCCCUAAGGUGGUUAAUAUUAUUUAAAGAGCUUAUGGAACACACAUACUAAAGACUUUAAUUUUCAAAUACAAGCAACGCUGAGCUAUGUCACCUUUUGGUUGUAUUUAUAGAAAGAUAAUCAACCCAUUUGAUACCAAAAUCAAUUAAAUUGUUUUUUUUUUAUGUUUUAUACACAUACCUCCUUUUUAAUCGAACCAAUCUUACAGUAAUUAAUAGGCGACCAACGUUUUCUUGUGAACUAAGACAUAUUCUCUUAAUAUAUUCUCAUGUUUUGUAAGUAAUAUAUAAUUGUAAUUAAACUACAAAAUUGACUCUUAUUUUUUUUUUAAAUUCAACAAUAUAGAGCCAUCUUUUAGCUUGUCAACCUAUACGCAAAUUAUCAUGUUUAUUAAUAUCUUUGAUAAAAUAUUGGACAUUAUCAAAAAAUUGUUAACGAUAAAUGAUUCUUCUAUCUAUCCUUGACUAUAAAGUCAGAGUCAAGAUUACGUAGGACAAUUUUAUCAAGCCAUCAUACUAUGUACUACAAGAGUCAAAAUUCUAAUAAAUGUCUCACAUGAUUUGAGCCCUGGUAAGUAACUAGUUGUUCUUGAACUAAAUACAAAGAAAUAAAGAGAAAUUCAUGCAAAUACGUAUGGAGA